AUGAAUUAAGAUAGCAGCAGUGGAGGCUCGAAUGGGCCAGUUCAUUCAAGUGAUCCCAUUUCUAAAUUAAGAUCUUAGCAGCCUUAAUAAAAUACUUUCAAAUUCGAUAAGGUAGUAGUCUCAUCCGAUUUUGAUUCAGGCAAUCUGGCUCGAUGCACUCAGUCUAGCAAGAACUAUUUCAACAUGUAUAUCUCAGAAGAUUGCUUGCCUUAUAUCACGAAUUGUGGGAACUACAGAACUUGGUUUUACUUCAGUGUAACUGGUGUCUAGGAGGGUGAAUCCCUAACAUUUUCUAUCAGAAAUAUGAAUAAUCAGGGGAAACUUUACAAGUCCGGACUCAAACCAGUCUACAGAGUGCUCCCUGAAGCUUAAAAAAAGUGGAAAAGAAUAGUUAACAAUGUCAAUUUUGACUAUGCAUCAGAGGGGUUUUACAUAACUUUCUCACAUUAGUUUACUUAUGAACCUACUGAUGUAGUCUAUUUUGCAUUUACCUACCCUUACAGUUAUGAAGAAACUCUAAGGAAAAGUGAGAAGAUUUACAAUAGACUAAGGGAUAGCCAGAAUAUUUAUAUGCACAGAGAGAUUUUGGGGUAAAGUAUUGAAAACAGGAUUGUUGAAUUAUUGACUAUCACAGGAAGAAAUAAAAUUACUAAUAAGAAGGAAGAAUUGAUAGAUGGCUUGUUUCCCUAAAAUGAAUCUAAAGAGGAUAGGCCAUACAUAUUCGAUAAGCCUACAGUCUUUUUAACUUCAAGGGUGCAUCCUGGAGAAACCCCAGCUUCAUUCGUGCUUAAUGGAAUCCUAAACUUUCUGACUAAUGAGUCAAGUGAGCAAGCAAAAAUACUAUUGGAUAAUUUUGUGUUCAAAGUAAUACCCAUUCUAAAUCCUGAUGGUGUAUAUCGUGGAUAUUAUAGACUAGAUACCAAGAAUCAAAAUCUUAAUAGAUACUACCUAGAUCCAUCUCCAUAGGAUUAACCAACAAUAUGGGCGACUAAAUAAGCUAUAAUGUAGCAGCAUAAUCUUGGGAAAUUAUUUCUGUAUGUUGAUUUACAUGCACACGCAAGCAAAAAGGGUUGUUUUAUGUUCGGAAAUCACCUUACUGGUGAAAAGUAACUUAAAAAUAUGCUACUUCCUAAACUUAUCUCAUAUAACAGCUUAAACUUUGAUUUCGUUGAAUGCUCGUUCUCUGAGAAAAUGAUGAACUGUAGAGACAAAAAGGAUGGGCUUAGCAGAGAAGGUAGCGGUAGAGUAGCUAUUUAUAAGGCAACUGGCAUACCAUUAUGCUACACACUCGAAUGUAAUUAUGCAAGUGGCAGAAGAUUAAAUCACAUCUCAGCCAAGCUGAAUAAAAAUACGAAUCAAGUUGAACCUGAAAGUCCAAUCACAGAUGUUCAUGCUAAAAUGUAUCAGAAUGGAGAGACUAAAGCUCCUCCUUAUACUAUAGAAAUAUUUGAAGAUGUUGGUAGAGCAUUUUGCAUAGGACUUCUUGACUAUAUUGAAAAAAAUCCAAUUUCAAGAAUUCCAACAAGCAAUCUAAAGAGUUUAGACAAUAUAAAGAAUGAUCUAGUUGUUCAUAACAAAAUAUUUAUUCCCAGGAAACUCGAAGAUAAUACACAACAAAAAUCCAGCACUAAUACUUAAAAAUCAGUAACUUAACGAAAGCCAUAGCCAUUAAUUCCCAAAAAGUCAACUCCCUAAGUUAAAAAGCAAAAUACUUUCAGCGCUACCUUAACCAAAAUUGACUCAGAAUAGAUUGACAAACCAUUAAAUGAAGGGGAAAGUGAGAAUAUAAUCUGUGAGUUAUUGGAAUUUGAUUAAGGGUCUCAUGAGUCAAAGUCAGCUGAGGAUGAUGAAUAUUUUUAUUAAUAGCCAACUGUUAAAACUGAAGAGAGUAAAUAAGCUAUCAAGAUAACAAAUAAUAAACCUCCCUAAGUACCUAAUAAAUAAUUAGUUAGAAAUAUAUCUGAGAAAAAAGAUAGAAUAGAUUAAGCUCUUCAUGCUAGGAGAAGAUAGCCUGUUUCUCUUAGAAGUUCAAAUAAGUCAACUGUACCUUCACUAUCCAACCAUCAAUCGGAAGAAGUGGUUAGUAAUGAGAAUGAUUAUCCAUUAGGAUAUAAGGUUCGAUAAUAAUUUCUAUCUAAUGAAAGAAUUAAAGAGAAAGAACCAAUUGAUAAAACAUCAUAAGAGGAAGACAAGUAAUAAAGAAAAGGACCACUGAUGCAAGUAAUCGAUCAGUAAAUUAGAAAUAGCAAAAAAGGUCCUGCAGCAUUUAAAACAUAAAAUAGAACUUAGUUACAUUCUGCAGGUUCAAGACAGUAAAUAAAAUCUUUCUACGUUCACAAGGGAUCUUAAAUCUUAGGGAACAAUAGUGCUAAUGGGCAUAAUGAUUCGGAUAUUCAAAAUUAAAAGGUUGUAGCCCCUAUCACUAAUUUCAGAAUGCCUACUCCAAAUACUGGCUAACUUGACCUAACGUAAUCAUUCUUCUAGGCUAUUACUCCAUAAGAUUAGAUAAUUUAAAUAAUUGGCAUAAAUAGAAUUAACUCUAACUAAAUGAGACUUCCUGAUAUUAAGGCUAGUUAGAGUAAUAAUUUGUUGAACAUUUAAGUGAACGCAUAUGAAUCCAAGAGCAAAUCAAGCAGUGUUUACAAUUCUUAGCGAUAAAUUGGAAAUCGCAUAAAGAUUAAUAACAGAUCGAGUCAGAUUUAAAAUCAGCAAUCAUAACUUAUUUAACAGUAAAAGUAACUAUCUAGCGAUUUUCAGAGUUCUUCAAAAUUUAGAAUUAAUUCUGAGAACCCUCAAAACAGAAACAAUCAAUUCUCAAGAAAAGCAUUGAAAACUCACAGUCAAAGCAAUAACUAGAUAAAAUCACCUAAGUUUAUAAGAUAGCAUCCUACAUUAAUAUAGGACAGCUAAUUAGUUGCUGCUGCAGCUGAGUGA